CACCAUAGCAGAAACAUCACAACAACCAGCUCCUUCCUCUGCCCAGUAUACGAUAAACCCUACCCCUACAAUUAACCAGUAUCUCUACCAAAAAUCCAUAUUCGAUGCUCUUUCGAAGGCUCUGCACCUCUCUCACUCGAAUCAACCCAAACCCAUCUCUUUUCCAUCCAAAACCCACAAACCCAUUUCCUGUUUUCCACUCAAACCCCAAAUAUCUCACCCCAAACACCUUCAAAACCCUAUUUCAGGCCUCAAAUUCAUCAAAUUGCAAAAUGGGUGAUGCCCGCCGGCCGCCGGCGGUGCCAAUUCCUGACCCGGGGACUGCCGACCGGGCCGAAUUGUAUAGAGCACUUGAAGCCUCAGUUGGGUCUGCAUUCAGUUCAGACUCAUUAGCACCAAACCCAAACCCUUUGAUUAUAGUGAUCAGCGGGCCAAGUGGGGUGGGGAAAGAUGCAGUGAUCAAGAGGUUGAGGGAAGUUAGAGAGGGGAUUCACUUUGUGGUGACGGCGACGAGCCGGGCGAAGAGGGAAGGGGAAGUGGAGGGGAAAGACUAUUUUUUUGUUAGCAAGGAGGAGUUUUUGGCCAUGGUUCAUAGAGAUGAGCUCUUGGAGUAUGCGUUGGUGUAUGGGGAUUAUAAAGGUAUUCCAAAGCAGCAGAUUCGGGAAUUUAUGGCAAAAGGGUACGACAUUGUGUUGAGAGUGGACAUACAAGGGGCUGCAACACUGAGGAGGAUUCUUAGGAAUUCGGCUGUGUUUAUUUUCUUGGUGGCAGAGAGUGAAUCUGCAUUGGUGAAGAGGUUGAUCGAUAGGAAGACAGAGACGAAGGAGACUUUGCUUGUUAGGAUUGCCACAGCUCGUGAGGAGGUGAGGCAUAUGAACAAUUUUGAUUAUGUGGUUGUGAAUGCGGAGGGGAAGCUAGAGAGCUCAGUGAAACUUGUGGAGUCUAUUAUUGACGCGGAGAAAGCUAAAGUGAGGCAAAGGACUGUGGCGAUAUAGGGAUUAGUCAGGGUGUUUCUGUUUGCAAGGCAUGGAGCUACAUUUUGCUGAACUCUGGCCCACUAAAGUGUGUUUUGAUGGUCACAUGCUACUCAGCAAAGCAUAGCUCACUGCUUGUCAUCUACAUAUGGAUCCUUUUUUGCCCUCAAAUUCGACUCUUAAGUGCGUACCAAACUCCAGACACCUUUGAGUUUAUGUUCCCAGCUUUGGUUCGACAUGUGGAGUAUAUUCUCAAAUUCGUUUUCAGAUGAUUAACUUACAUUGCAUUUCGCUCUUUAAGUUGUUAAAAUGAUUUUUUUUUUUGAGUUCGCGUUACACUUUCUUGUUGA